UUUGUGAUAGUUCAAGGCUUCGUUAGUAAUAGCUGCAUCAGAUUUUGUCAAGACCACAGAAGAGGAGAGCGCCUCGUUCAACGUCUAAGAAGAGCUCAUCUGGUCGUAAACAGGUACCACAAAGCCAGCCCCAGUUCAGACCCUUCAGCCACUUCGUGGAACUGCACAUUGAGCGACGACUUCGAGGCGGAUUAUCGACUGAUAAGUAGUAUGCUGGAUCUCUCUGUGAGCUCCAUACUCAAGAUGGAAGAAGAUAUUCUGAAUGCAGUUGUGGACUACGCUAGAAAAACCUCUAUUAACGGCAAGCAGGCAACCCAUGAGGAAGGCGUAUUCCACUAUGAAACCUACAAUGAAGUACUGAAACUACACGAUCCAAAUGCCCUUCUA